ACGAAGCGUCAAACUGAGCACGAGUUAAUGGAAACAUGGUUGACGAGGCCACGAAACGUACUCUCGCGAAGAUUCCUUUGCUAAAAACGAAGGCAGGACCUCGGGAUGGUGAGCUAUGGGUUCAACGACUUAAAGAGGAAUAUAUGUCAUUGAUAAAGUAUGUUCAGAACAACAAGGAAUCUGACAAUGACUGGUUCCGUCUGGAAUCCAACAAAGAGGGCACGCGUUGGUUUGGUCGCUGUUGGUACAUCCACGAGCUUCUCAGAUACGAGUUUGAUGUGGAAUUUGACAUACCAGUCACGUAUCCCACAACUGCCCCAGAGAUAGCACUGCCAGAACUGGAUGGUAAAACUGCAAAAAUGUAUAGAGGAGGGAAAAUUUGCCUGACUGACCACUUUAAACCACUUUGGGCCAGAAAUGUGUCCAAGUUUGGGAUUGCUCAUGCUAUGGCUUUAGGACUUGGGCCGUGGCUAGCGGUAGAAAUCCCCGACUUGAUCAGCAAAGGUGUAGUGACACAUAAAGAAAAGCAAGCAGAAGGAGCGGACAACUGACCCAGACUUUAUGUUAAUAUAGGACUAUUUGUUGUUUACACCAUGAUAACUCUGUCAGGAUCAAGCUAGCCAGUGGAUGUCAUCGAUCUGAAGUCCAGUUGAUCAGGAUACUCUAUAUUCAGUCUAAAUGCAUAAACACUUCUGGACCAAUCAACUGUGAUUAUGUUAACUUGAUUUCCCCCCCUUCCAUUGCCACAAAAUUUUAGACUAAAUCCAUUUGAAUUUGUUGCAAUUCAGGCUGGUUGUAUGAUUCAAGAAUUAUUUAAAAUGUCAUAGAUUUUUCAAGGAAGAGGAUAUUUUCUUCUUUAUUCUUUGAGGUACAUUAAGUAUUUCACAGUUGUCAAAAAACUGUGGUCACUUGUUACUUGACUUUGCUAGAGGUAUGUCACAGUGUGUGGACUCAGCUGGAGAUAUGUCACUGUUAUUAAACUUGCAGUAAACUGUCCCUGGUUUGACAUCUUGCACAGGCCACUGCUGGUCUUUCACAAAAAAGUGUGGUUCUCUAUAGUAUCACCAUAUAUUUACUCUAUGCUCCAACUACGAAACACAUUGGUCUAGAGCCUGAUCGAUGGGCAGGGGGUAGGAGGGGUAUGUGUGUGGAGGAGGGAGAGAUAAGGAGAUAUAGGAAGAGAUAAAAGGCUGGGUGAACUUUUGCUGACUAAGCAUUUGUUGAGUGAGAGGAAUUUGUGUGUAUGUGUCUGGCUGGGAUAGAGGGUUUCAGGCAGUUUAAAAUAUUGUAUGUUAUAAUCAGUUGUGGUUGGUAGGAGAGGGUGUUGUGUUAUAAAUUCCAGAUAUUUCCUGUUUCCAUACAUAUAUAAGUACUAUGUACAUGGCUGUAAUGCAUGUUCCCACAUCAUCAUCAUCUGGGAUCUACGGAAAUGGAUGGUAAUAUUUCUCAUGUGUACAGAGAUAUUCAGAGAAACAAUUGUUUUUGAUACUGCAGUCCGUUUAAAAGGGAUAAGUUUGAAUAAUGAAGUAACAUUUUUGCAAGGGUACACAUUUACAGGGUGAUUAGUCUGUGUUACUAAAUAUCAGGAUGAAAUAUAUUGUGAGCACUCAGUUUACCUUUGACCUUUAGCAAUUUCAGAAGUUCUAUAUAAGUUUGUGUGUAUUGUUAUUAGAUUAUCUUUUUAAUGAAUCGUAACACAUACAACUUUUAUUUGAAUUUCAAUAUUUCUGGAAAUCUUUUGGUUUAACACUUUGUGUUAACUUGUUAAGGUAAUCAUAUUUGAACAACAUGGCCGAGAUACUAGAGUCACUUGACACAGUUUUGAAGUUUGAGCUUUCAUCACCUCAGUAUUUCAUCUAUGUUUUCGUCAUAACACAUCCUCACAACAAUAAGAUGUAAUACAUGACAUUGCUACUGUCAGCAGUACAAAGAUAUUAGAUAUAAUUAUUGAUAGAAAAAUUGUAAUUAUUGAUAAGAUAUUUAAUUUAUUUUCAACAUAUGUCUAACUCUGGUACAUGGAUGAUAAAAGCAGCUUCAUGUUUAUGUUUAAUAUUAUGAAAUGAUUUGCGAAAUAGAAAUAAAAAUGACACU